AUGACUGCUAGGACCAAUGCUUUCACACAUGUCAUUUUCAAAAAUGGAGUUAACAAUGAAUUAAUGAUUGCAACACUUGAUAAAUGUAAUAUUCAAGAUGGUGAUGUGUCGUAUACAUGUGGUGGCAAAGUUAUAUCUGGAGAGUUACUGGCUGUCGGACCGAAAACUCUAUGUGAUAAGUUAAUGAAACAAAUGAACGGUUAUUCGACAGAUUAUUUGUAUUCAUCAUUGCCUGAAGAAAAAGAUCAAGAUGAUUCUGAUCAGGAUGAUUAUGAAGAUGAUUGUUUACUCAGUUUUUCUCUUUCAUUAUAUGCAGUUACAAAUCCAGUAUCAGCACCAUUACCAUCAUCAAACAUUGCACGUCAACACAAUGAAAUGACCAAUAACAACGAGGUUACUUCUGCAAUUGAAACUGUUGAAAAUUUUGGGUCAUCGUCUAGCCAUCGUAGUACAAUAGAAUUUGUAACAUCAACAGAUUUAAAUGUUCAUGUUUCUAAUCGAUCCAAUGAAACUUCUAUCGAUUUUCCAUCGAAUUCAAUGAUUUCACCGGUACCAGCGGCUCCUGGUAUUGCACAAAUAAAUAAAUCAAAUAAAAAUAUCUCUACAAAUCAGAAGACUCAUCGAAAACAAGCACCGGUACCAUUAUUAUCAUCGUCGUCAUCGAAUAAUAUUUCUCCAAGUAUCUGCUCAUCAAUAUUUAUAUAUCUCUUAGCAUUUGGAAAAUAA